CCGUCACUUCAGUAUCGUUUGCCGCAGUGACUCAGUCCACCGACCGGAAAAUCUCAGUUUCGUCUGUUCGUAAUGGCUUCGCUCUCAAUAAUCUCCGUUUGCCCCACACUUCGUGUAACUUCCGGAGCCGGAGCUUGAGCUCUCGUAUGGUGGUUCAUUGCAUGUCCCCAACUACAGUUUCAGACCUGCCAACAGUCUCCCAAACAAAGUUGAAUUUCUUGAAGGCAUAUAAGAGACCGAUUCCUAGUAUAUACAACACAGUUUUACAAGAGCUUAUUGUACAGCAGCAUUUGAUAAGGUACAAGAGGUCAUACCGCUAUGAUCCCGUUUUUGCACUUGGUUUCGUUACUGUGUAUGAUCAGCUCAUGGAUGGAUAUCCUAGCAAUGAGGACCGAGAGACCAUCUUCAAAGCUUACAUUGAGGCUCUAAAUGAAGAUCCUGCUCAAUACAGAGCUGAUGCACAGAAGUUAGAAGAGUGGGCCCGUUCACAGACUGCAACUUCAUUAGUAGAUUUCGCAUCCAGAGAAGGAGAGGUUGAAAACAUUUUGAAGGACAUAUCAGAAAGAGCAGGGAGCAACGGAAGUUUCAGUUAUAGCCGGUUCUUUGCUGUUGGUCUAUUCCGCCUGCUCGAGUUGGCAAAUGUGACUGAGCCAACUAUCUUAGAGAAGCUUUGUGCUGCACUAAAUGUAAAUAAAAAAAGUGUUGAUAGAGACCUUGAUGUCUACCGCAACCUUUUAUCCAAGCUGGUUCAAGCAAAGGAGCUAUUGAAAGAGUAUGUAGAAAGAGAGAAAAAGAAAAUAGAAGAAAGGGCAACAUCUCAAAAGGCCAAUGAGGCUAUCACAAAAUGCUUGGCCGAGCACGAAUCUGCUGUGCGGUAG